AUGACCGAAUCUACCACCUGGCUGAUUUCGGGCACAUCGCGUGGGAUAGGGCUCGAACUGGUGCGCCAGCUCGUCGCCUCGCCCUCCAACCUCGUCAUCGCGACAUGCCGCAAGCCGGAUGGCGCGUCGGCGCUGAAGGCGCUGAAGGGUAGCGCGAAGGGCAGUCUACACAUUGUGUCGCUUGACACGGGAAACGAGGCAUCCAUCCGCGCAUCUGUCAAGGAAGUCGAUAAGAUACUUGCUGGGCGCGGACUCGACUACCUUUAUAACAACGCCGCGAUAACAGAAGGGAACGACUCGGCGUUUGAAUUCUCGUACAAGGGGCUGCUGGAGACGCUUCAGGUGAAUGUCGCGGGUCCCGCACUCAUGGCGCAAGUGUAUCUGCCAUACCUCGAGCGUGGCCGGCGUAAGGUGAUCGUGAAUACGACGAGCGGGCUGGCAAGCAUCGGUUUAGACUUCGGCGCGAAAAACGCCACGUACAGCGUCAGCAAGACUGCUCUGAACAUGCUCACAUAUAAACAAGCAAAAGCGCGGCCGGACUUGAUCGCAUACGUAAUAGAUCCAGGAUGGGUCAAGACUGAUAUGGGCGGGCCGGACGCAAUGAUGGAGGCGAACGAGACUGUCGCAAAGCAGAUUGAGCUCGCAAAGAUGGUGACGCCGAAGGAUUCGGGAAAAUUCUACAGACACGAUGGAGAGCAGGUUGUGUGGUAG